UUCAUUUCUCUCUGAACCCAUGGAAAGAUUUUUUCUCUAGAGAACUUCAAUUCAUGAAGAAUAUUGAUUAUGUUUGAUGAUUUCGUCUCUGGAUAUGUUAAAUAUCAUCAAAUUUGUGAAGAUCUAUAGUUUGGUUAAUCUUGGAAUUCAUUUAAUUGUUUCUAUUCAACUGACGGGGAGGCAGCUGAGUUGAAACCUUACUUCUAUUGAGGCUUUGUUUUUUGAGGUGGAAUUUGAAGUUAAGAUUGCUGACUGAAACUUUACUAGUGCAACGAGUAGCAUCUGUUAAUUAUUUCAUACUCUAUUUUUCUAGUUGAGUUGGGGAUGCAAAGCAGGUCCUUGGUUCAGCUUGUCAACAGCUUGGAUCAUUAUGUGGCCUUUAAGUUAAAAGCCACGGCUGCGAAGAAAUACCCUACGUCGCCAUACAUUGGCGUUGUUCGUCCAAAGUCUACUCGUGAAACCACAGUUCGUAUGCAAGCACCUUUGGUGGCUUCUGAUAUGGAAUUCAAGGACAAACUCCUUAUUGAGAGCAUAAUUGUUCCAUUCGGAACCUGCGAUAAGGCUACCAAAUCUAGCAUGUUUUACAAAGAAGGAAUAUAUAUUGAAAAGCAAAAACUGAAUGUGAUCUUCAUAAGCCCGACCAAUUAAAGUAAAUUGGCACCACAUAAGGAGAAGGCGUCUCCACUGUUAUCUGGAAUCAGGUUGGAGUAAGCAUAAAAAGAAGAGAUGGGGCAAGGGAUAGCGAAGGGAAAUGGUUCAAUAGCAAGGUUAAUUUUCAUUCAAUGCAGUGAAGUGUUGCAAGCCGUAGCGUAGGAAAAAUAAGUUUCUUAGAAAAACUACAUCCUCAGUUUCGUUAAGGACGUUAGCAGCUUCGACAAUCAGCUCAGAUGAGAUGCUGACAUUGUUUAGGCGUUGGCGAUUUUGGAUGAUAAUUUUCAUUCCAUAGCGUUUAGUUAUCUCUAAGAGCAUUAAUCUAGGUGGUUUCUCUUAUUUUAGUGGUUUCUUCAUUGGUACACAAUCUAGUUGGCAUUAGAUAAACAAAAAUGUUUAUCUAAUGCCACAGCCUAUGAGCGUUUCAUCUCGUUUUUUUUCAGUCAUGAUCUCAAAAUGGUCAGAAAUCUUCCAUGGACCAUUGCCUCUACUUGUAUUUGGUCUCCCAAGGAUCAUUCCCUCGGGUAUUUAGUCUUAUUUCUUGUCGGAAUACACUAUAAUUUUUACAAUAUUUUAUUUGUAAGCGUUCAUUGUUUA